AUGACCGACCAUGCCUGCUUACUCUCCGCGCUGCAGGGCCUCUCCGAGCAGGAUCGCGCUCGGCUGCUCGCCCAGCUCGCGCCUGUGCCGCCUGCGCCGCAGCAGUCGCUCUCGCAAGGCUCCCAACAGGACAUCUCAGCCUCUCAAGCCUCGCAGUACGACGCCUACUGCCUCGACGACGACGCCUUCGCGCAAAUGGAGAUUCCGGGAGAAGUGCCGAUGAGUGCCCCGCCCGCAGCAGUGCCGGUGCCAGCGCCGCCCGCCCCCGUCGCGGCGGACGCUGCGUCGGGCGGCGGGCUCGUGCGAGACGAGGAGUGGCAGGCCAUCAUCAACACCGAGCUGCGCAAGGGCGAGCUGCUCGGCAUCGUCGCCGCCGCCGGCUCGGGCAAGUCGACGGUGCUGCAGGACUACGCGGCGCACCGGCGGAACCUCAGAUUCCUCUACCUCACGUUCAACAAGGACGUGCAGCGGGAGAAGCAGGACGAGUUCCGUCGCGCGCGGCUGAUCCAC